AUUAUGAACAAUGUGGAAAUGGCUGCCCAGAAACUUGCAACAGCCUUUUUAAUCAAGCAACCUGUGAGUCUCGUUGCACGGAAGGAUGUUUUUGUGACUCUGGAUUCAUCCUCAGUGGGGAUCAGUGUGUCCCCCUUGCAGAGUGUGGCUGUGUGCACCAUGGCACAUACUACAAGAGGGGAGAGGAUUUCUACCCUGACUCAUCCUGCCAAGAAAAGUGUCACUGCACAAACCUUGGAGCUGUUGAGUGUGAACGGUUCUCCUGUGGAUCACAUGAAGAAUGCAGGGUGGAAAAUGGCAUCCAAGGCUGCCACCCAGUGGGAUACGGAACAUGUGUAGCGUGUGGUGACUCUCAUUACAUUUCCUUUGAUGGACAAAGUUUCGAUUUCCGUGGCUCCUGCACUUACACCUUAAUUAAAGUGUGCAGUGAGGAUCCUCAGCUACAGAGCUUCUCAGUAUUGGUGGAGAAUGAGAAGUCUAAUGACAGCCCAGUAGUUCUCAUAAAGACAAUCAUGGUUUCCAUUCAUGGGUACACCGUUGUCCUUCAAAGCGGAAUACAGUGGAAAGUGAUGGUGGAUGAUGAGCUGCACACACUGCCAAUGAAUAAGGAUGGUGGGAAACUCUGGAUUACUCAGGAAGGGAGUAAUAUCGUUAUCCAGUCCUCCUUCGGCUUCACAGUCCUUUAUGACACUCUCUCUUACGUCCGCGUGUCUGUCCCCAGCACCUACCAAGGGCAGAUGUGUGGUCUGGCUGGUAACUUCAAUGGAGACCAGAGUGAUGAUUUCAUGCUCCCUGAUGGAAGAGUUGCUGAAAGUAUGGUUGAGUUUGGGGCCUCUUGGAAGGUCCCUGUAGAUGCUGUCAGAUGCUCUGAUGACUGUGGAGAGAAAUGUCCUACCUGUGAUGCUGUCAAGACAGCACCAUACAUGUCCAAACGCUCCUGUGGUAUCAUUCUGUCUAAGACAGGCCCCUUCAGAGACUGUCAUCCAUUGGAGAGCCCCACUCAGUACUUUCAGCACUGCCUACAUGACUUGUGUGUGGCCAAUGGAAAUCGAGAAUCUCUAUGUCGAAGCAUCCGUGCCUAUGUCACUGCAUGCCAAGCAGCUGGCGCCAAAGUUGAUAGCUGGAGAACAGACACUUUCUGUCCCCUUACCUGUCCAGCCAACAGCCAUUACGAGACAUGCACUUCAACUUGCGAUUCCACCUGUGCCAGCUUGUCCACUGUGGCCCGGUGCACAAGGAAGUGCUUUGAAGGCUGCCAGUGUAAUGAAGGCUAUGCGUUUGAUGGGGACACAUGUGUACGUUUGAACAGAUGUGGCUGUGUGCACAAUGGACUCUAUUUCAAGGCAGGAGAGAGCCUCUUCUCAAGGAACUGUACACAGAAAUGUACCUGCACUGCCUCCAGCCAAUUCACCUGUGAAGAAACCAGCUGCCAUAGCUGUGAACUUAAGGAUGGUGUGUGGGGCUGUGUGGCACGAGAGGGCCAAUGCACACUCACCCCAGGAGCCCAGCUCACCUCUUUUGAUGGCGCCUCCGCUCAAUACAGCUGCAGCGGAGUCUAUGAUGUGGUCUCUGUUUGUGAUGAAGGCUCCCCGUCCUGGUUCAGAGUAUCAGUGCGUAUUGAAGAGGAUGAGGAGAAUUUAAUAACUGGGAAGGCUGUCUACAUCUACUUCAGAGAGGCUUCCGUCAUUGUCAAAAAGAACAGAGACAUAUGGGUAAAUGGACGCAAGUUAGGGAAACUUCCACACAGCAUCUCCAAAGCUGUAUCUGUGAGCAGUGCUCAAGAUGGCAUCUUGAUCAGCCAGGCGCCUCAGAUGCAAGUUCACCUCCACCACAAUGGAGGGUUGACAGUCAGAGUCAAGGAGGACCUGGCAGGGAAAUUAUGUGCCCCCUGUGGAAACUUCAAUGGAGACUCUGCCGAUGACCCGAAGACACCCAAUGGAGAGGUGAAGGAGACUGUUGCUGAUACCCUUCAUGAUUGGAAGGCAAAAGACAUCUCUUAUUAGACAAUAUCCCCUUUUUGCGGGUGUCUACCAUUGUAUGCAAUGAGAGAUGGAAUAUGCCCCGGUAGAACUGAAGUGAAAAGGAUCCAACGUCACCCUUUCCUCAGGCAGCUAAUCUGUAACCUUCCGAUGGAACUCAAAACUUUGUCGUACCUCCAACGAUCUUUUGCUUUUAUUGUUCCAAUUAAGUACUUGUCAAUCUGUAAUGUAUUUAAGUCCAUAGGUUUUGUAUUUUCCAAAUCAACAGAUUUUGGAAGGCA